AACAUUCCAAUCAUAUAUUUUUUUUUUUUUUUUUUGAAAAAAAUCAUCUUUUUCACAAUACCGGGAAAAUACGCACAACAAAAAAGGAAAAUGUUUCAACAUGGUUUGAUGAUAUUAAAUUAUCGUCCAAAAACGGCCAAAUCAUUUCUUACUCAUGUCGGUUCCUAUCUACGAUUAGCUAGUGAUAAAAUUUCCAAAACAUUGUAUGUAUCUUUGGCGUUGAAUGAUAAUAAUGUUAUUGAUUGCCGUAAUGAUCUGCAGAAAAUUGUACCAGCUAUCUAUGUUGAAGCUCAUCGACGUGCACCAUUACUUGAUGUUCGUGUUCUUCAUCAUAGUUAUUAUCGUAACGAAAUGAUCAGCAAGAAACGAUCGCUACAAUUUAGACCACAAAUAUUAUUCACUAAUGAACAAUGGAAAGAUGAUUUACUUCGACAAUAUCUUAGUAAAUUAAAUCUAGCCGAUGAUCAUUCAAACAUGUCAAUUGUUUCAUUAUCAUCAAAUCAUUCAUCGAUAUCGGAUCCUGUCAAUCAUGAAUCAUCCCUUAUUUCGGAUCAAGUUUAUGAUAAUGUUUGCAUCGGUGGUACUUUUGAUAAUCUUCAUAAUGGACAUAAAAUAUUAUUGUCAACUGCUCAAUUGAAAUGUAAUCGAUCAUUGACAAUAGGUGUGACUAAUGAACAGAUGUUAACGACAAAAAUUUUACCUGAAUUAAUUGAAAGCUGUGAAAAACGUAUACAUUCAUUGAAUCUAUAUCUGAAUGAUGUUGAUCCAUAUAUUCAUUAUAAUGUCUGUGAAAUUUCUGAUCCAUUUGGACCGGCUAUUGUUGAUCCAACAUUAGAGGCAAUAAUUGUUAGCGAAGAAACUAUUCGUGGUGGCGAAAAAAUUAACGAAAUUCGUAUAUCCAAAGGAAUGAAACCGUUAAAAAUCGAUGUGAUAAAAUUAUUACAAGAUGAUCAUAAAGAAAGUGGUGUUGAAGAGAAUAAAGUUUCUUCAUCUUCUUUGCGUAUUCGUAAAUUAGGUACAUUGCUCAAACCACCGGAACCACGACCAAAUUUACCCGAUAAACCAUAUCUUAUUGGUUUGACCGGUAUGAUUGCUAGUGGAAAAUCAUCAAUUGCAAAAAAAUUGGAAACAUUAGGCGCCGGUAUAAUCAAUGUUGAUAAAUUGGCUCAUAAAACAUAUCAAAGUUCGGAUAUGCCAGCUUAUAAAAAAAUUGUCGAAACAUUUGGCAAAGAUAUUCUGGAUGAUAAUGGUCAAAUUAAUAGGAUUAAAUUGGGAAAAAUCGUAUUCGAUGAUGAAGCCAAACUAAAAUUGCUCAACAGUUUUGUAUGGCCCGAAGUACGACGAUUAUUACAAUUAGAAAUUGAUCAAAUGAAAACAAAAUAUCGGGUUAUCGUAUUGGAAAUUGCUCUUUUAAUAGAAAAUUAUCGAAUGGAUCAAGUACAUCAAGUAUGGUUAACAAUAUUAAAUCAAAAAGAAGUUGUACGAAGAUUAAUGGAACGUAAUCAGCUUAGUGAAUCGGAUGCAUUGAAAAGAAUUGAAAAAAUAAUGCCAUGUAAACAAAAAAUGCCAUAUGCAAAUGUUAUAUUCUGUACACAAUGGGAAGAAGAAUUUACAAUGGAACAAGUGAAACGUGCAUGGAAAAUGUUGAAUGAACAAUUUGUUAAAUAAUCAAUAAUUUUGAUGCGCAAUAUUUAAAUAUUUAAACAUUUUAUUUUAUAAAUCUUUUCAA